UAGUGUUCAUCUGUCUGCUUGGAGUCGGUGUGGAAUCUAACACAAGCUUAUGGUGGAAUAAUGGCACAAAAUGAUACACAUCCCUUUUGGGAAAUGCUCAAAUCAUUUAAUGUUGGUGAUAUGAUUCUAGCCUUCUGUUUAUCUGUCCUUGUGGGCCUGCUGCUCGGCGCCAUGGUGUACGUUCUGUUGACCUGGGCGUCCAGGCGCCGGGCCACUGCCAGGAUCACCAGACGCUCCAAGAAGAAAUCCGGCGCUUCACAGACCAACAGACCCGCGAGCAACCAGUUGGGCCUUUACCGCAGCACAUUCCUGAGUGUGUACAGACAGCCGUCACUGGAGCCGGUGGGUCCUCUGGGGAGCAAGCCCGGGCCAGACACCUCCACCUUUCGGCCUGUGUCCAGGAGGAGCAGGGCCGGCCUGGAGAUGGCAGAGGACACGCAGGUCAGCAUGCCUGAGGACACGGUGGCCUCCAUCUCAUUGGAUUCAGCUUCCUUGGUGCCAAACAAGAGACACUCCUUCUGGUUAGGGGGCAAUGGACUUAAAGGCUUCCUCCCCUCACAGACCCCCCCUCCUGCCUACGACAGUGUGAUCCAUGCUUUUGAAGAGACUUGCACUUGAAACCAUCAGCACACAAGAAACAAGAACUGACAAAUAAGAACAUUGUGGGAGUGUAGCUGACUCUCUGGUUGUGUUCUGCUCUAUAUGAGGAACAGUUAUCUCUGCAGGAUGAGUGAGCAGAGCAUUUCUAAAGUCUGAGACCGGAAAGGAGAUUUGUACACAGCCUGGUAGAGUCAGCUCAGUAUUACAUAAGGAGAUAUAGACUAGUGGUGCAACUAGAUAACUGUUUCAUUGGCAGAUUUAAUAUGUUGUUGUUUUCUCUAUAACACACAAGGUGACCACUUCAGGUUCAAUGUUUUGUUCCCAAAUUCCAAAAAUAUUCAAUUCCAAGCAAUAUUACACAGAAGCAAACAGCAAAUACUCACUUUGGAAUGCAAAUAUUUGACAUUUUAGGUUUGAAAACAUUGACUCAAAUGAUUAACAGAUUAAUCAACUAAUCAUUGCAGCAUGCUCGACAUUUCCCUAACCCAUGUUUUAGUGGCUGAGAAACACUAGUGGUGAGAGAAGUGUGUGAUUCAGCUGUGAUUGUGUGAAAAUGAGGGGGGAUACUGUGCGCUAGAUAGUUUUGAGUAUCUAA